GCGGUAUCGCGUGAUUUUCCGGUUCUCACCUAUAAGCCAUAUUGAAGCUUGAAUAUUUUAAUUUUCUUCAACAGCCAUUCCUCAAUACGUAUACAUGUGUCUGUGAGCUUAUAAUUAUUUAAGUCGGGUUCACAGCUUCGUGUCGCGUGCCUUUUAUCAUAUUCUGAUUGGCCGUUACAAUCAUGGUAUCAUUUACUAACCAUGAUCUACCGGGACAUUUCCUGAGUUGGGACGUGCUCGACUUUUGGACACCACACGACAGGCGACGGCGAAGUAGCUGUGAAUCCGGCUUUACUGUUAUACAUUUUUUUAAUAAAAAUAUAAAAAUUCUCUUCAACUGUUUACCAUGAAACCUUUAAUGUUACAAGGGCACGAGCGUGCCAUUACUCAAAUUAAAUACAACAGAGAAGGUGAUUUAUUGUUCUCGUCUGCUAAGGAUGUAACCCCAAACGUAUGGUAUUCAUUGAACGGGGAACGUCUUGGUACGUACAUUGGUCAUACUGGAGCUGUGUGGUGUAUUGACGUUGAUUGGAAAACAACAAAGUUUUUGUCCGGAGCUGCUGAUAACACCUUAAGACUUUGGGAUGUUGCAACUGGUGUGGAAAUUGGUAAUAUUAGUAGUAAUUCAGCUGUUCGUACAUGCUCAUUCAGCUAUUCAGCUGAUCUCGCCAGCUAUUCAACAGAUCAGGCUAUGAAACAAGAAUGUGAAAUUUUUAUAGUUGAUGCUCGAGAUGAUGAAUCUUUUAAAAGCAGUGCACCAAUAUUAAAAAUGACUGUACCAAAUUCCAAAGUCACUUCUUUAAUUUGGGGUACAUUGGACCAUACAAUCAUUACUGGACAUGAAAAUGGUGCUAUUACUCAAUGGGAUUUGAGAACUGGAAAAAGUAUAGAAACUGUUAAAGACCAUCAAGGAUCAAUCAACGACAUGCAAAAGAACCGACAAGGUACUAUGUUUGUUACUGCAUCAAAGGACAAAACCUCAAAGUUAUUUGAUAUAGACAAUUUGUCAGUUCACAAAGUUUAUGUCACUGAACGUCCUGUCAAUAGUGCUUCACUUUCACCAAUAUAUGAUCAUGUGGUAUUGGGUGGUGGUCAAGAUGCUAUGGAUGUAACAACAACAGCAGCACAAGCAGGCAAAUUUGAUGCUAGAUUCUUUCAUGUUAUUUUUGAAGAAGAAUUCGCAAGAGUAAAAGGUCAUUUCGGUCCAAUAAAUUCACUAGCUUUCCAUCCAGAUGGUGAAAGUUUUAGUACCGGUGGAGAGGAUGGUUUCAUUAGAGUACAAUCAUUUGAUCCGUCUUAUAAAGAAUUUAAAUUUGAUUAUUGAUAAUUUAUUUAAGUGUCAGUUUCAAUAAUAAAAAAUAAUUAAAUUAAA